AUGUCACAUUUGGGUGAACCUGAUGGUAAACGUGUUGAAAAAGAAAGUGGCACAAAAAUUUCUGACGAAAGUCAAUUAAUUGAAAAUUUGUUGGAUAAAACUAAUGGAUUAAUUAAUGGCGGAGCGAAAACUAUUGUAUGGAAUGGCUCCAUGGAAGUUUUUGAACAAACGAAACAAAAUACUACAGCUAUUAUUGGUGAGGGUGAUACAGUAACAGCUUGUACUCAAUUUGGUUUUACUGACCAAAUCAGUCAUGUAUCAAUUGAAAGUUGUGCAAGUCUGGAACUUCUUGAAGGAAAAGAUCUUUCUGGUGUAACUGGUCUUACUCACAAAUAA